AUGAUUCAUUGUGAUUUAAGGACUAUAUUGGAAAACUUUGAUAUAACUGCUGCAGUAGCGGCACGUAAGCAACCUUUUAUUUGUAUACAGACUUUUAAAACGGAACGUGAAGGAUCGUUGGCAUUAGAUCGAGUACUUGAAGAGCUGGAACCAGAUUAUGUGAUUAUGUAUAACACAAAUGUAACAGCUAUCAGACAAUUGGAAAUAUAUGAAGCGAGGCAAAAAAGAGCUGCCAAAAAACGUAUAAAGGUUUUCUUUUUGAUACAUGCACGCACCGUUGAAGAACAAUCCUAUUUAACUAGUCUGAGAAGAGAAAAACAAGCUUUUGAGUUGAUAAUAGAAACUAAAAGAACAAUGGUUGUACCAGAAUAUCAGGAUGGUAAGACGGAUGAAGCAUUUACGUUGUACAAAAAAUAUAUAGAUUCUGAUGAUGAAGAGUUGGAUAAUAAACAAACUGCACAGGCCGGUGGUCAGUUAGUAAAGAAACGUGAGAUGCCAAAAGUCAUUGUUGAUAUGCGUGAAUUUCGUUCUGAUCUACCUUGUUUGCUACACAAACGAGGCAUUGAAGUGCUACCAGUGACUAUAACAAUUGGUGACUACAUUUUAACGCCUGACAUAUGUGUGGAACGUAAAUCAAUAUCUGAUUUAAUUGGUUCAUUAAAUUCAGGUCGUUUGUAUAAUCAAUGCAUACAAAUGCAGCGAUUUUAUGCUAAACCCAUAUUGCUGAUAGAAUUUGAUCAGAAUAAACCGUUCCAUUUGCAAGGAAAAUAUAUGAUUUCACAGAACACUUCAACAGCAAAUGCCGACAUUGUACAGAAACUGCAAUUACUAACUUUACAUUUUCCUAAGCUGCGUUUAAUUUGGUCACCAAGUCCAUAUGCUACCUCACAGCUAUUUGAGGACUUAAAGAUGGGUAAGGAACAGCCCGACUCGAAGAAAGCUGCUACAUUGGGUAGCGAUGAAGCUGGUGGUGCAUACGAUGAACUGAAAUAUAAUGCAAAUAUCUAUGAUUUUCUCCUACGUCUACCUGGUGUUAACACAAAAAAUAUACACAAACUAAUGCGACUUGGUGGUAGUCUCAAGGAGUUGCUUAAAAAAACCGAGAGUGAAUUAAGUGAUCUGCUUGAUUCUAGAGAAAAUGGCAAAUUGUUGUGGGAUAUAUUACAUGUAGCGCACUUACCUGAAAAGGAUGAAAUACAGGGCUCAACUGCGAUGAUUGCUGCUGGCAAGUCAUAUGGCGCACACUCACGUUUUAGACGCGGUGCAGCUGCUGCUAGAGGCACUGGCCGAAAGCUGAAAAGUUAAGCAUUUACUUAAUUUUAUUUAAGUUUAAGGCAGAGCAUUAAUUGUAUUAUUAUUUAGUUUGAUUAUUUAUUAAGUUUGUUUAUAUUAUAUUGUAAUUACAUUGCUAUUGUUUUCCUCUUUAAACCUAUUUGCUCUUAAACUUUAUUCAUUAAAACCUAUUUUGUUAUUCAAAUAGUUUAAUGGCAGCUGAUGGCAUCGCAUGCAAUUUGCCAUCAUUUUGGAUGCCAAAAGCUGUGUUUGUGUGAUAAAUUGAAUUAAAAAUUAA